UCAUCUUGUCAACUGCACUUUGUUUUGUUUGUUUACAAAGCAGUUUUUUUUCUGACUCCUUUGUAGCCAUCUUCUCUUAUUUCAUGUUUCUUAACCAGGAUUCUAACUUCUCUGGUUGUGUGUUUGCAUAUAUAUAUUUGUGUAUAUAUAUAUGUAUAUAUAUAUAUAUUUGUAUUUAAACAGCAUUGUGGUAGUACAUAGUGUUUCCUUCAGCUGCUCCAAUCCCAUGUGAUCAUUCUGUGUGCAUCACAUGCCUUAUGUGAUUCUUCUAAACCCCCCUGUAAUGUCACCCAGCAACACUUGUGUUGUUUUGUCUCUUAAGAGGAAGGACAUUUUCUUUAGCUCCCACUGAAUUUUGAUAGGUGUUCAGGAUUUCACUGAGGACUCAAGGGCUCUCUCACUCUAAUGCUCGCUUUAAAUUCCACAUCAGAGGAUCCCCUGCUGCUGCUGCAGAAAAAAGAAGGUGCGAGUGUCCGUGAGUGAGUGUGUGUAUGUAAAUUAAACAGGGGGAGAAGGAAGGUAUACGGUGGGGGUUGAAUCCUGGAUGAGUGGAACGUGCAAGACCCCACUGCAACCUGAGCCAAUCAGCUGACGAGCACCACUCCUGCUGGUUGUCAAUUGGCUUGCUUUCCCUGCGAGUGCAGCUGGUACAGAGAGCCAGCUGGUUUAAUCAGAGAAUGAGUUGAGUCCACUGUGGGAAGAAGACCAGAGAAGAGAAGGGGGGGCAGUGAUACAGAGGCAGGAUUCACUGGGUGGUGGCCACUAAUUAUCUACCAUUGGCCAAAUCAAUCAAGAGCCGCCGCCCGUACACAUUCUCAGUCCGCUCCCAGGAGUGACAGGCAGAGAGUGAGGCACAGAGAAGGAAGGGAAGUGUUUUUAUUUGAGGAGCAGCACAGCUCGUCCUCUCUCAUAUUUGCUGAAGACGUGCCGGGUGAGAACAGAUGGACAAGAUGAACCACAGCUCAGCUGAUACGGAGGCUGAGACCAUAGAAGCUCUGCGUUACCUCAGUAAAGGGGAGGCGGCAGCCAUUGAGACAGAGCUGCUGAGGGACUACAGAUUUGGACAGCAGCAGCUGAUAGAGAUCUGGGGACAAGCCUGCGCUCUGGCCAUCACCAAGGCCUACCCUCUCAGCUCCUUACCGAAAAAGCAGCCGACGGUCCUGGUGAUCUGUGGUCCAGAUCAGAACGGAUCCAUCGGCCUGGUGUGCGCCCGACACCUGCGCAUUUUCGCCCUGUGUGCUUCUCAGGAAUUCACUGCAGCUCCUGUAAAUGGCCAAGACACUUAUCCCAUUACCUUCUCUGCAAGGGCUCUCAGACACGAGAUGGUGGUACCCCGAUAUUAUGAUGUAACCACUGAGGUGCAGCUCAUCAACGAUGCCUACAACCUAGUGAUCGAUGCUAUGCUGGGCGCAGAGUCUGACCCCACUAAUGUUAAGGAGCCGUAUUGUGGUAUUCUGUGCACCUUGAAGCAGGUCAAGAUUCCCAUUGCCAGUGUGGAUGUUCCAUCAGGUUGGGAUGUAGAAGAGCCGAGUCAGGACGGGAUACACCCCGAAGUUCUCAUCUCGCUCAUAGCACCGAAGAAGUGCUCCAUGAGUUUCUCUGGCAAGCACUUCUUGGCCGGGCGCUUUCUGCCUUAUGACAUCCAGAAAAAAUACGAGCUGAACCUACCGGACUACCCCGGCACAGACUGUCUUAUAGAACUGUAACACACCAGAGAAGAGCCAGCGUGUCGACGAACACGCGCAGCUUAAUCCACUUUGUUGUUUUGUAUUUUAUAGAUGGUGGUUGUGCUCUGAUGUACCCAUUUUAGUUGCGUAAAACAGAUUCCACUUGAGUUUAAUGUGCUGUUGAGCUACUGUAGACCAGCGGUCCUCAAGCUUUUUAGUGCCACGGAUUGGUUAAAUGAUACGACGGCCAAUAAAAACUGGUAUUUCCUAAAUACAAUAAUAAACGUUUAGCCACUUUAUUAGCAGCGUCCUCGUAACAUGGCGCUAGUCUUUCGAUGCAGAACGCCAGUUUUGAAGGCUUCAUGGCCUCAUUGACUUCAUCGACUUUUCUUCUGCGUUCUCACUGGCUCUUUUACCCUGCGCUAAGAAACUUCCCAAAGACGUUUGUUGUGACCGAGGCGAGCAUCUUCACAUGUCUCAAGUUUGAGAAAAAAUUUUCAAAAUGAAACAUUGUUCAGAAUCAGAUAAAAAGUAAAACGGAAAUAAUGGAACCUGCGGACCGCUGCCGGUCUGUGGCCCGGGGGUUGGGAACCACAGCUGUAGAGGGAUGUUAUUUAGAAACUAAAGUGUGAGUCAUGUCUUUUUAGAGAAUGGCAUAAAAAAAAUCUGCGUGUCAGACUUCAUAAAAAGCCGUAGCGUUGCACUGUUUCCCAAUUCCAUUUGAUAAGACAGUACAAUGAGGGAUGAGUUGUAUUUUUUACCGCCGUCGGAGGCCGUAACUAAUUUAUGUUCCUAUAUAUUUCAUUUUUAAUAGAG